GUGUGUGAGAGAGAGAGAGAGACGAUGGUGUCGCUGAAGCUGCAGAAGAGGUUGGCGGCGAGCGUGCUCGCUUGCGGCCGUGGCAAGGUGUGGCUUGAUCCCAACGAGGGCAAUGAGAUCUCUAUGGCCAACUCCAGGCAAAACAUCAGGAAACUUGUCAAGGAUGGGUUUAUUAUCAGGAAGUCCAUGAAGAUCCACUCAAGAUCUCAUGCUCGUCAAGCAUUAGAGGCUAAGAGGAAGGGACGUCAUUCCGGAUAUGGAAAGCGCAAGGGUACCAGAGAGGCAAGACUUCCAACAAAGGUUCUUUGGUUGAGGAGGAUGCGAGUUAUGAGGCGCUUGCUUCGGAAAUACCGGGAGUUCAAGAAAAUUGACAAGCACUUGCAUCAUGACAUGUACAUGAAGGUUAAAGGUAAUGUAUUUAAGAAUAAGAGGGUGUUAUUGGAGAGCAUUCACAAGUCCAAAGCUGAGAAGAUAAGGGAGAAGACUUUGUCUGAUCAGUUUGAAGCUAAGCGGGUUAAGAGCAAGGCGAGCAGGGAAAGAAAGAUUGCGAGAAAAGAGGAAUAUCUAGCUCAGGCCCUGAUCGAACGAAUACCCGCUGCGGCACUUCAAUAACUAGAACAAUGGCUUAAAAUUCCACAAUAU